AUGCAGGCGACGCCUCCACCAACAGAAGUCAGUCCGGAUGAGGAAGAAGUACCAUCGCACCAUGAACCUGUCACAGAAUCCCAGCAGCAAAUUGUCUAUCCCCCUGCACCUCAGAACGUCAGGAGCCCACCGUUCCCUAUUCUUGCAGAACUUUUUGACAAUCUUGCAAAUGAGCGGAGGCAAGACUUGAGAAGAAAGCGUCUGGCGAAUUGGUUCAAUGGCUGGCGACGCGACGCCGGAAAGGACCUUUAUCCCGUCUUGCGUCUGAUUCUUCCACAGAAAGACCGCGAGCGGUCUGUCUAUGGACUGAAGGAGAAGAAUCUCGCCAAGACAUAUAUCAAACUCAUACCACUCGGAAUGAAAGACCCGGACGCUGUCAGGCUGCUCAAUUGGAAGAGACCGACCGAAAGAGAUAAAACGUCGGGAGAUUUUCCGACCGUAUUAUAUGAAGUUGUCAGCAAACGGUCUUCCGUAACUCAAGGCAGUUUGACGGUCGAUCAGGUCAACGAUAUACUGGAUCAGUUAAGCCAGAGCAUUGGAAAGCAGGACUUGCAGUCCAAACUUCUCCAGAGAAUUUACAACUCAUGUACACCCGAAGAACAGCGAUGGGUAGCACGGAUCAUCCUAAAAGAUAUGCAGAUAAAUGUCAAAGAAACCACCGUCUUUGCUGUAUUCCAUCCUGACGCUGUCGAUCUAUUUAAUGCCUGCUCGGAUUUGAAGAAGGUCGCUCAUGAGCUUUGGGAUCCAGAACGCAGACUGAAUGAUUCAGACAAACAAGUCAACCUAUUCCGCGCUUUCGCCCCGAUGUUGUGCAAGCGGCCAAGCGCAAAGCUCGAAGACUCUAUCAAAGAUAUGCAAGGACAACCGUUCAUUAUUGAAGAGAAGCUAGAUGGAGAGAGAAUGCAGUUGCAUAAACGGGGGAACGAGUUCUUUUAUUGUUCGAGAAAAGGAAAGGAUUACACGUAUCUUUAUGGCGCCAAUUCGGAAUCAGGAAGUCUGACACCAUACAUAUGGAAUGCAUUUGACGAGCGAGUUGACGAGAUCAUACUUGAUGGCGAAAUGUUGGUCUGGGAUCCUGUUUCUGGACGAAAUCUCCCAUUUGGAACUUUGAAGACUGCAGCGCUAGACAAGUCGAAGACCAUGGCCAAUCCAAGACCGUGCUUCAAAGUUUUCGAUCUACUAUAUCUUAAUGGCAUGUGCUUGACCAAACGUUCCGUGAAGUUUCGCAAGCGCAAUUUGAAAGCAUACGUGAAAGAAGUCAAGGGCAGACUCGAGUAUGUCACUGAAUAUGAAGGCAGAAGCGCUAGUGACGUUCGAAAACGCCUCGAAGAAAUCAUGGCAAAUAGAGGGGAGGGACUCAUUAUUAAGCACCCUAAUUCCGAGUACAUUUUGAACGGGAGAAAUAAGGAUUGGGUAAAAGUCAAACCCGAGUACAUGGACAAUAUGGGAGAGACUGUUGAUCUACUUGUUGUCGGGGGGAAUUAUGGAACUGGGUACCGUAGCGGCGGAGUCUCAACGCUUAUAUGCGCGGUUCUGGAUGACAGAAGAACUGCGUCGGAUGAUGACGAACCGAAGUACAGUUCAUUCGUGCGAAUUGGUACCGGUUUAUCAUAUGCGGACUAUGUCUGGAUCCGUCAGAAAAAUUGGAAACCUUUCGACAAGAACAAGAUGCCCUCAUGGUACCAAGCGUCGAAGAAAGGUUAUGAUGAUAAGGGCGAUAUAUAUAUUGAACCAGAAGAUUCUUUCAUCUUGAAGAUCAAAGCCGCUGAAAUCACUCCGAGCGACCAGUACCAUCUCGGCUUUACUAUGCGCUUUCCUCGCGCCGUUGCUAUCCGUGAUGAUCUGAGUAUAGCUGACUGUAUGUCAGCAACGGCCGUACUCGAGAGCAUGAAGACCGUGAAGAAACGGAAGAUUGAAGAAACUGACUUGAAAACAAAGAAGAAACGGAAGGUUGUACGGAAGCCAGUAAAUGUCAUGCCAGAGUACCGAGGCGAGGUGUUGAAGGAUGUCGAUGUUCAGUCAGAUAUCUUUGAGGGAUUGAAAUUCAUGGUCGCUUCCGACCCCAGAAACAGGAAUGGUGACAAGGAGAAGAAGGAGCUCCAGAAGAUCAUCCACGUAAACGGUGGUAAAUAUGUGCAGAUUGCGAAGGGGAUUGAUCCAAUUCUUGUGGUUUAUGGCGGCCUUACAAUACCUUAUGACUUGAAACUUAUCAUUGAUAAGGACAUCCACGACAUCAUUCGGCCUUCUUGGAUUUACGAUUGUGUCGAGCGAGGGAAGCGACUACCUUUACAUAAGAAAUAUUUCUUCCACGCUACCUCGGACCGGAAGCUUGACAAAGAGUUCAACGAAGUCGGUGAAGGAAACACAGAGCCAAGUACAAACGGUGCUCCGGCUCCUACCGCAGAAGCAGCGAAUGAAGAAGAAUCAGCUACAGAAAGUUCUGGAGGUGAAGAACCCCCGACUGUCAAGUCCACGGAAAUCGAUCCCGCCAUGGCAGAUUGGUUCAAAGUGGAUAAGAAGUCGGAUGGUGCAUCAUCGAAGGAGGUACCAAGCGACUCGGAGACGGACCCUGACUCUGAUUAUGAUGAGUUGAGGUUUGACGAGGAGGCAGAGGAAUGGGUCUUGCCUGUUAGACCAGCUGCGACGAUGGAGGAUGGGCAGCAAAGGACACCUUCGACCUUGCGAGAAAGCAGCGACGAUGUCGACAACUCCGAUGUAAGAAUGGGAGAAGACGAGUCAGCCAUGGAACUCGACCCAGAGCUCAUCUUCAAGCACCUCUGCUUCUACCUCGACACACCCACAAAUGCAGAACGCCACGGAAUGGAAAUUAAGUCGAAGUACAAGGAUCAAAUCUCCACUUCGUUCGUCGAGAUCGAAGACCUCAUAGUCGCAAACGGCGGCCGGGUCGUCUCCAAUCUGGACGAACAGAAGUUGACACAUGUCGUACUUGAUAAACGAGAUAUCAGUCGACGUAAGGAGCUUAUGCAGCGGACGUCAAAACCAAAACAUCGAUACCUCGUGUUAAGCGAUUUCAUACACGCAUGCGUCGAGGAGCAUAGUCUGCUUGACGAAGAAGGGUUCGUUCCUUGAUUAUUAUGGAAACAGGGUUCAGUACCAAAAACACAAAAC